ACAACAAUGGAGUCCUCUGUAAAACCUGCUGUCAUUGGGAUCUUAGCUCUUUUCAUCUGUGUCCAUUUGGCAAUGGCGGAUGUAGGGAUCUUACCUCGGUGUAGUUGGGCGGGACUGUACAACUUCGGCGACUCCAAUUCCGACACCGGCGGGAUCUCUGCAGCAUUUACGCCGGUUUCAUCACCCUAUGGUAUGACGUUCUUCAAGAAGCCCGCCGGAAGACUCUCCGACGGCCGCCUUGUCCUUGACUUCCUUGCUGAAUACAUCGGGCUACCUUACGUGAGUGCAUAUCUGGACACGAUCAACACAGAUUAUCGCCAUGGCGCUAAUUUUGCAACAGGAGGAUCAACGAUUCGUAGGCAGAAUGAAACCAUAUUCAAGGGUGGAAUCAGCCCCUUUUCUCUCGAUAUCCAGACUGUUCAAUUUACUCAAUUCAAAGCUCGAAUCAUAGAUCUAUGGAGUUCCGGCCAUCCGGCAGCCGAUAAAAGCCAGCUCCAGAGGCCCGGCGACUUUUCAAAAGCGCUGUUUACCAUCGACAUUGGCCAGAAUGACCUUUCGGUUGGGUUUCGAACGCUUUCCAAACAGCAACUUCGUGCAGCAAUACCUGAUAUUAUCAACGAAUUCGCCACUUCCCUUCAGCACCUGUACGAGCAAGGGGCGAGGUCGUUUUGGGUUCAUAACACAGGACCAGUCGGGUGCUUGCCCGUGUCAACAUCUAAUGUACGAAAUCCCGAGCCUGGUUAUCUUGAUCGCUAUGGGUGCAUCAGGUAUCAGAAUGAUAUGGCCAUGGAGUUCAACCGCCAACUCAAAGCUCGAGUUAUCAAGCUUCGUUCAGAACUAACCGAAGCCGCGAUAACAUAUGUCGAUAUCUACACCGCCAAAUACAAGCUAAUCAGUAGCACCAAAGAAUAUGGAUUUUACGAGCCGCUUAAGGUAUGUUGCGGUCAUCUUGAGAAGAAUGUUCGUAUCUUCUGUGGGACAACGGGAAUUAUGAACGGGACUACGGUUCAUGGUGAUGCUUGUGCGAAUCCUCCGGUGUACGUGAUCUGGGAUGGGGUACAUAUGACCGAGGCUGCGAACCGAUGGGUGGCAAAUCAGAUACUGAACGGAUCGUUAUCGGACCCGCCGAUCCCGGCAACCCAUGCCUGUUACAAGCAUUUGUAGUCCUAUAAUUACCCAACAACUAUAUUAGAUUGAACCAUAUAUACUUGAUAUCUUGU